AAUUGCAUUAUUGGAAUGAAAGUCCUAACCUCUCCCCAGCUGUGGGUUGGACACCUUGUGCUUAGAUGCCAAACUUUGGGUCAUUGUCUUACUUCCUGUUCACCUCCUAGAUUGUUUCUACUGCUGCGCGGUGCAGCCUCCCCCUUGCAGCCGAGGACAAUUUCCAUCCUCUCAGAUGCUUUGGGGCGGUCUCCAAGCACCAGCUUGUCCUUCAGACCUGCAGGUAUCUUCCAAAGCAGUCCUGCACCACUGUCACCAUGGAGCCACCAGCAAAUACGUACCAAGGCACGUGGGAAUGAAUAUCAGCCAAAGAACCUGAAGCGUAAACGGACCCAUGGCUGGUGCAAGCGUAUUAGUACUCGCAGUGGGAUCGAGGUGAUCCUCCGACGCAUGCUGAAAGGCAGGAAAUCCCUGAGCCAUUGAGUGUUGAGCGUGAAAUGUUUCACUCAAGCCUGAACCACCCUCCGCAGCUCAUCCCUUUAAAGUGAACCAACCUGAGUCUUUGCAAUAACAUCAGCUUCUCUGUGUAACACCCUCAAGUCCUAAAAUAUGGUGAAGAAUUAUUGAGUGGUACUUUGACAAAUGUGGGGUACUGGCUUCACUUGAUGGCUAAUUAUCUUGAAAGGCAAUGAUUUCAAGUGGUGAAAGUAGUUCUAAAGUAAAAAUUGUGCAACUAGAAGGCAUAAUUACAAAAUAAUAAAAGAAUCCUAUCAAGCUUUUA